AUGGAUGCUGCCAGCCUCUCUCCCCGGCUCCACCCAACCCUUGCUGCUGGCAUUGACCCCAUCCAUGAAACGUACCGGGUAGAAUCUCCGAAUGCUGAUGUUAAGGAACCCAUCAUUGAGACUAUAGCUCCUCCCUCAAUGCAGGACCUUGGUUCGGUGCCUUCAAGUUCAACAAAAUCUCUACAGAACACCUGCAAUAGCUCUCAGAACAUGUCUGCUAGUGGAAACAGAAAUAGUAGUGGCAGUAAUACAACCAGUAGUUGUAGCACAUGUAGCAGUGAAAGCAAAUGUGGUAGCACAAGUAGCAGUAACAGUAGCAGCAGUAGUUCAAGUAGUUGCAGCACAGCAGAAGAGAGUAGCAGUCCAGAGAGAUGUCCUGCAGGUACCUUGAGUACCAGCAGUAGCCCUGACAGCUGCUCUCGUGUCAACUCGGACAACAGUGUCAGCAAUGACAGCAACAAUGGUAGCACUGAUAGCAAUAGUGGCAGUGAAUCUUCAUCUCAGAGUGCUAGCGGAAGCAAUCAGAGUCCCACAGCCAUGGCUUCAGGGAAAACAAACUCUCUCAAACAGAUUUGCCGAGUUUUGCCAAUGCCCUCAACAAACAGUCGCCGCUCUUCUUCAGCAAGUGAACAUAGUGAUGCCAUUGGUCAUGCUGGUCACAAUCACUCUCCUCCUGCAGCCAAUCAGUCACCAAGAAACUCUGAUGAGAAUGAAGGAAACAGCACAGCAGGACGUGGAAGUGAACGCAAGAAGAUAUGUAUGAAGAGGAAUUAUAAGACUGUAAUCAAGAAAUACCCCCUCAGAAGUGGCAUGAGGAAAAGCAAGCCCUAUGAAACUGUUCAGAUAGAAAUCAAUGAAACAAUAGAGAUUCCAGGGGGUGAAGGAUCAGGAAUGGUGCGCAAAAGACAAGAAGAAACUACAAAUCGUAGCAGUGAUGGGGAGAAUUCCAAGGAAAACUCAGUCUCUAAAAAAGUGUUAAAGUUCUCAGAUGACAACAAUGACAUUACAGUCAGCAUUGUCAACAACAACAACCUUUGUGAGUUUUCUAAGUCUCGCGUUCACAAGUAUCGCCACAAGACUGUUCUCCAGCUGGAUGGUGCAGCGGAUGGCUCAUCCUCAAGUGCAGAAAUGAGCGAGAGCCAGGAUGAAGGCACAGGAGAAGAGAGGCGAAGACUGCAGGAGCAAGAAGACCCUCAGACUCCCCCUCUGCACUCGGCACUGGCCAUGCGCAUCAAGGAGCAGUCUCUUGCCAGGAGCUCGCCAGGAGAAGAAGGGCCUUAUAAGUGUGGCAAGUGCAAAAGACUUUAUAGAACAAAGGAGAGCUAUCAGAAACAUAUAGAAACAUGUACAUUUGAAGUUGACAGUUCAAGCACGUCAGAAGAUGAAGAAUACGAGGAAGUUCACAUAGAAGAGGAGGAAGAGGGUACUUCAAGUACACUCCCACACUUGCAGGAGGAGAAAAUAGAUGAUGUCAUUCAGGAAAACCUCCAUAUGCCAUCCCUCAGUGAGAGAGAAGAAUAUCCUUCUAUCAGUCAGCAUAAUGUACAUGUUCCAUUGCUGUCUGAAGAUUCUGUGAUGCCCAAUACCUCUGCAAACCAGCCAUCUGAUAUUGAUGUCUCAGCUCAGUCAGUUGAUGACACCAAACCUUCUGUGGUUGUUGAUCUUGAAGGGCAUGCAAGGCCAUCAGGGGAGGAACCUGCUGUUAAGAGGGCAAGACUGGAUGUCACUCUGCCACGUCUGCACGGGGUACACCGGCAGGUACGGACAGCCAUCAAAAAGUGCCAAAGUACUAGCGAGGAUGUGGAACUACUGCAGGUUGUGCGAGUCCCCCCCCUCCAGGAGUGA